AUGUUUCUGAAAUCCUUUAAAGGACAAGCUUUUCAACGCCACGUUUUUAAAGAAGUCUAUUUAAACAUGGGAAUCGAGCCUUAUAGUGACUGCAAAAAUAGGUGCCUCAUGGAAAACUCCUGUGUGUCCGUGAACAUUGGUCCGCCUGACAAGAAUGGCCUAAGGGUGUGUCAACUGAGUGAUUCUGAUCACACCCAACAUCCUGAUGACCUUAAACCCCAAGAAGGAUAUUUGUAUUGGGCUUCAAAGGUGCGGAAAUGCAUUUUACCCGAUGAUGUUUAUUUAUUUAUUUUUCUUGAUAAAAAUGUUACUAAAAAUAAAUCUGUCCAUGUACAAUACGUGCUCCAGCAAGCCUUGUCCUCAAAAUAUGACCUGCGUUAAUGGGUUUACCAACAAGAGAUACAUUUGCUUAAUGUGUAAAGCUGGUUUCAUGGGAGAAAGAUGUGAACAAGGUAAAAAAAGAACUUUGUGUUUCGGUAUUUCAGUUUAUUCUGAAUUUUUUUGGUCCUCUCUUCUUGUGUACGUUCAGGGAAAAAAAUCAAUAAAUUCACACAAUCGCUUUUAUUAGGAGAACUCACCUUCCAUAAAUUUGUUUAUUUGUAUUUAUUUUUUUUUUGUAAUUGCUUCUAUAACGUGUAUAAAUGAGUGUGUGUCAUUUUUGUAACAGCUCCGGUGGUCCAUGAAUCUUUUGAUAUAUAAUUUUUUUCAUCAUUAAAAUUGUUAAAAUAAACAAGUGCACCAAUUAUGUAAAAAGAAAAAACAAACAAAACAAAACAAAAAAACCCUCUUACUCCAUGGAUGCAUUCUUCUCCUCUGGAACGUUUUUUUUAAAGCCCUAGAAAGCAGUGGACUACAGUACGAAAAUCUCGUAACCGUGGAAUGGGCCAGACUUUGUGUCUUUCCACAUUACCCAGUUUCUAUACCUGGUCCUCUGUGAUAAUAUGAGUUGUUGGAAUGCCCCAUUGGAAUUCAAGAGAGUUAUUUCCACUUCGGCGUUGUCUAUCAUUCGAAGAUAAUUAUGUUUUAACAUCAUUCACUAUUUUGUUUUGUUUGUUUGCUUUUUUUCAGAUAUAAACGAGUGUAUCAGUGAUACCCACGGUUGUCAUUAUAAUGCAAGUUGCAACAACACAAUUGGCUCUUACACAUGCAAAUGCAAGCCAGGAUUUAGUUGCAGUUAGUAUGACAGAUUUUUUGAUUGUUAAUCAGUGCAACGUCUAUACAGUAAUUAUAUGGAAUCUGAUGAGAUUCUCAUCAACCAACACCACCGGUUCAUAACCAAAAUUCGCGUAUAAGUUGAUCAAACCAUAAUUUGAAAUAGCUUGCAUCAUAUCCUUUUGGAAAAAGCUAGAUUUUCAUGAAUAUGCUUAACCAAAUUUCCAAAUGUAAAAGUUCUGCCAUGUUUUCUAUUACUACCACUACUACUACGUUCUUAAAGAGUUUUAGAGUAAAAAAAAAUAAAUAAUAAUAAUAAUAAAGAAAAGGAACAGGCAAUCAAACAAAAACCAAUGAUGGAUCACAUCAAUUUUUUUUAUUUUUCUCAAUUGAAUGAAAGAACGUGUGAUAUCAAAAAAUGGUUGAAGUAAACUUUUUUUAUCCCUCAGAAUUCCAAGCCGUUUUUAAAAAUCUCAAUGCCACUGGAAGAUAUGGUCCAACGACGCUGGGCAGUCACUACACAGGUCAGGACCAUGACGGACAAGUUACACUGUCUAGCGGUAUUCAACAAUGGACUGUGCCGUACACUGGUGACUACAGAAUAGAAGCCAUCGGAGCAGCAGGAGGAUACGAUCCAACUGCCAACAGGUACAUUUGGUGGAGGUACAUUUGUAGUGAGAGGAGCCAAUGCACCUUUGAUUAUAGCUGGAGGCGGGGGAGGUUUACAAAGUGUUAA